GGUUUAACGUUUCGUUGGGCUGAAACAUCACACAUGAAAUCUGAAUAUAUGAAGAAGAUAUGAACUUCUGUUCUACUAUUUCCCAAUUCAAUUGCGUAAGUUUUGAAGUUUCUAGCAACGAUUUCAAAUUAAACUAUUGAUCGCGAAUCACUGAGGAAUUAGGCCAAAGAGGAGUGGGGGAGUUCAAUGGCGAGUACUGCGUGCUUUAUGAUUGUCAGCAAAAAUGACAUUCCGAUUUACGAAGCUGAAGUUGGUACCGUCCCCAAAAAAGAGGAUGCUGCUCAUCAGCACCAGUUCAUAUUACAUGCCGCUUUAGACAUUGUUCAGGACAUGGCGUGGACUACGAGUGCUAUGUUUCUAAAAGCAAUCGACAGAUUCAAUGACUUGGUGGUGUCCGUUUACGUGACUGCUGGUCAUACUCGACUGAUGUUGCUUCAUGAUUCUCGUAAUGAUGAUGGAAUCAAGAGCUUCUUCCAAGAGGUUCAUGAGCUAUAUAUUAAGGCAAGCUCUGUUAUGUUCUUUAAUAACUCUUCUUAAUCCUCUGUACCUCCCUGGAAGUCGCAUCACCUCAUCGCAUUUUGAUACAAAAGUUCGAGCCCUCGCUAGGAAAUAUUUGUGAAGCCUGCCUUCAAUCUUGCUGUGUUUUUGCUUUCAGGUGUGCUAUUUCACGAAAGGUCUUUCUGGGCAACUUUUUUGUUUCAAUACUGCGGUGACAGAAUUUACAUCAGAUGUAUAAUUUUUUUGAAGAAUAUGUAUUAGCGCCUCUUGUAAUAUCUAUUUUGUUAAAUCCAGAUUAUCCAAUGCUUUGGUCCUUCAUCAUCA